AUGUCCAGAAGAGCAGGUUCGCCACCACAAGGUGCUCCAGGACCCUCGUCCAUUCUCUAUAUAGGUCUGCUUCCCUUUGAGUGGACCGAAGAACAGCUACAAGCGGUUGUUACCAGCAUAGCCAGUGUGCUAGAUGUAAGACUAGGUUUCGACCAUGUGGGCAAAAACAAAGGAUAUGCAUUUGUAGAGUUUGAAAAUCCUCCCGAAUCCCAAAGAGCAGCCGUGUUGCUUGGCCAGAUCAAGAUUAAUUCCCCAGACGGAAGACCCAAUAAGCGUCUUCGAAUUGAACUGUCCAAAGAAGGCUUCCGCACAGGCAAUAACGCCAACAAGCAGCCACUUCCUUUCAUUCCAUCAAAUUUGCCUCCAUACGUGGAGCUUCCACCCAAUGCUCAAGUGAGACAGCCUUCUGGUUUGCCUCCAGUGCCAGGUAUGCCUCAGAGACCACCAGUUCCUCAAAUGUCACAGGCCUCUCCAGGUCCUCAAUUGCCCCCAGUUCCUGGCUCUAAUGGCACCCAAUUCGCUGGCGUAGCGCAAGCAAACGGCGCCCAGCUUCCAGAAUCGCUUCUUAGAGCUUCCCAGGUGCUCACUACGCCAGCAAAGAUCCCUCUAGAGACUCCAGAUAAGAUUAACGAAACGCUAAGCCUGAUUCCUCCAGCUCAGUUGAUUGAGCUCAUUGCUAAUUUGAAGAAUAUCCUUGCAAGCAACAAUGCUGGCAGAGCCGCUGAAGUGUUUCAGCUUUCGCCAAACUUGGCUGCUGCUGCAGCACAGGCUCUUCUACUUAUGGGCUUUGUAGAUGAGGAGGUGAUCCAAGAAUCAAUGAAGUCAGCAUCUAAUACGCCUCAGCCACAACAACCUACACCUGCUUACCAGCAACCACAGCAACCACAGCAGUAUAAUAAUCAGGGAUACGGCCAGCCACCUCAAGGAUACAAUUCCUCUGGAGGGUUCCCUCCAGGACUGGCGUCGUUGCCUCCUCCACCACCAAGACCUCAACAAUCACAGUUUCCUCAGCAACAGCUGCAGCCGCCUAGUAAAUGGGGUAAUCUUCCUUUGUCUACGCAGAUGAAACUUGGAGCCUUGCCUCCGGAUCAGGCCGAUUUGAUAGCGCAGGUUUUAUCGCUUCCACCAGACCAGAUCAGUUCGUUGCCUCCAGACAGGCAAACCAUGGUUGCAAGUAUCAGACAGCAGUACUUGUAA